GCGACACCUGGUGUGUCGUCUGACGCUUGGUAGGGAUCAGUUGUGUGAACCCAACCCUGUGGUUUAGUUGUGUGAACCCAACCCUGUGGUUCAGUUUGUUUUGUUCUUACAGGCGGCAAGUGAUGGUUUACUUACACAGGGUUAUUCGGAAGAGUCGGAAGUUGACGAUUGAUUGGCACCAGCCUGCUUGGAUGUAAAAAAAAAAUCUGGCAUAUCUAAUGACCUAUCGAGCGUCCAAACGCGUUGUUCAAUAAUCUCCCCCUCCCCCUCCCCUUGCUGCUGUCACCCGUCGUCUUAGCCCGAAUCUUGAAAUUGUCUCUCGCUGUUUGGCCUACAUUAGAAGAAAAGAUGGCCAGAGGGUUCCAAUUGGAAAGGAUGGCCAGAGUUGACAGGAUGGCCAGAGAUUCAAAAGAAUCAGGAGUCUUAAUUGACAGGAUGGCCAAGCGACCAGGGGUGCCAUUAGACAGGAUGGCCAUCUUGAUACUGCUCUGCUGUCUGCUCCAUACAGUGACGACAGAAGGCUUAGGACUUGAGCAGACGAUUGAGGACGGAUCAGGAGAAAUUGAUCCAGCUCCAGACGACAGCCCGCCCCUCCCCCAUCUUGUGGUCAAGGACCUGACCGGUCAGCCCUGUCUGCUGGCCACGCUGAAUGCCACAAUGCAGGUGUACUAUCGAGUGCCCGAGGGAAUUGUGCAUGAGACUUAUAUCGCGUUUGCCAACAUCCAACUACCGGUGGAUGUAGCAGCGUAUGGCGCAUGUGCAGAGAACAGGUCCAGUCUAGUACUGGAGUGGGGGAAUAGAACCUUCCAGGUCAACCUGACCUUUUCAAAACAGGAAACAGACAAGAACGCCACUUGGUCGAUGAGCGACGUCUCGGUCAGCUACGACCUGUCUAAUACAGAUGUCUUCAAAGGGGCAUCAGAAAGCGGCCUGGUGACGGUGGACAGACACCAUCUGGCCUUGUUUACUAGCGGGGCGGGCACCAGUCACGUGUGUCAGCGUGACCUGAGUCUGCAGGUCGGCUCAACCCAGCGGGGCGUCACACUCACCUUUCACUAUGUCAAGGUCGCGGCCUUCGGGGUCACGUCAGCGGACUUUCCCACUGCUACGGUCCACUGCUCCGAGAGGGAGGAGAGGGAGGAGGAGGUUCUGGUUCCACUCGUCAUUGCCAGCUGCCUCAGUCUUGUCGUCGUCAUUAUCGUCAUCGUCUACGUCAUCAGCAGGCGGAUCCAGGCCAGGAGGGAGCAACAGAAAUACAGACAGAUGCCUUAAGGCGGCACAUACAGACAGAUGCCUUAAGGCGGCACAUACAGACAGAAGCCUUAAGGCGGCACAUACAGACAGAUGCCUUAAGGCGGCACAUACAGACAGAUGCCUUAAGGCGGCACAUACAGACAGAUGCCUUAAGGCGGCACAUACAGACAGAUGCCUUAAGGCGGCACAUACAGACAGAUGCCUUAAGGCGGCACAUACAGACAGAUGCCUUAAGGCGGCACAUACAGACAGAUGCCUUAAGGCGGCACAUACAGACAGAUGCCUUAAGCCUUGCUCAACAUCCACCAGCUGUGAAUAGCGCAAUAGAAUGCUACCAGUAAACUUUUGUAAAAACCCAAACUCUAUCGGAGUGUACUUGGACCCAGUGGCGUUUGGUGACAUAUUUGUUUCAGGGGCGGAACUACAGUGCCGCAAGACCCCGCAAUGCGGGGGUGGGGUGGGGGCGUCAUUUAGGGCCCCACAGCUACGCUCUUGUAUAUUCUUUUUAACACGUUUUUCUUAACUCAGCUUCGCGUUUGUGGAUUUGUUUGUUUGUUGUUAAAAUUGACAUCGAAAAUUAGCCCACUUCUGAUUGCUCUACAGAUCUGAAAUGAGGCAUGCAGGCUACUUUUGCCUAACAAUUUCAGAUGCAAUCAUAAAAACUAGCAAUUAGAGACCGUAAUUAGCUUAAUUUAAUUACGCCCCAAGGACCAUAAAAUUGAGGACAUGAUUUCUAAAGAUACCGACAAGACUGGAGGUUUAUUGACACAGUUACGUCGGCCCCAAUCGAUGUGAGCGCGCUGGCCGUGAUCGUAUAGUGGUUAGUACUUCGCGUUGUGGCCGCGACAACCCAGGUUCGAAUCCUGGUCGCUCAAGAUUUUUAGUCCGUGUAUUUAUAAACACUUAGUCAAGUCAUACUUAAUCAAGUCAUUAGAUAAAGUAGAAAAUAAACUAUAUAAAAAACAUUUUUAAAAACCACGUUUUUCAUGUGUAGCAACGGACUAAAAAGUAGAAAAUAAAAUACUUAAAAAAAAC